AUGCUAAGGUGUCGCUAUGUUGUGCUGUCUUGUUCACAGCUAAGAAGACAAUUUCAUUCUGUGGAAAUCUUAAGACAACUUUCAACGUUUGAAUCGCAUGUUUCUAUUGACCCAUCUUCCACUACUAAUGCUCCAUUAUCAUCUAAUGUCACUGUGUCUAACCAGUUACCCCUUUUCUUUAGCAAUCCACAACAGGAUACAACUUUAACUGCUUCUUCAACCACUAACAAUAGCACUACGGCCCCUGCAACUAAUUCCACGUCUCCUCCGGGCUUUACAUUACGUAAUAACCCUUUUACCAACACACAUUCUUUGGCAACUGCCAAAAUGACUGAACAAAGAGAUAUAAUGCAAUUAUGGUCUCUAUUGGAAGCAUGUUUACAAACGAAUAAUUUUCCUAGAUCCUUCUCUAUCUUACAAUCACUAUACGAGAUUAAAUCUCACAGAAAACAAAAUUUUGUCGAUGAUUAUAAUUUAUAUCUGGAUGCAAGAGGACAAAGUAUGUCUAAUAUUAGACAACUUGAAAAAUUGUUAGAAGAUGAUUUGACUUUACAUUUUCCUUUGAUUAGUUACAACAAUAAAUCUUUGGCCAUUUUGAUUCAUCAUGCAAUCAGAUUAGUUCCAAAUUCAGAUGCUUUAAAAUCACAUAUCUCAACAUAUUUUAAAAUGAGUGAUAAUAAUUAUAAAAACGUUUGCUCAUACUUAGAUAUACUGACUAUUAGUGACUAUAAAAAAUUAUAUUUUGAUUUGAAAUUGAUCUCUGAAAAGGACAUUCCAUAUUCUAUACGAGCAGUUGCAUUGAAUUUACACCCAGAUGAAGUAGUAUCUAAUAAGUCUGUUGGAAAUGGAAACAAUACUCUGAACGCCUACAGCAAGAACACUGUUUUACCAUCAAAUUCUAAUGAUACAUCAAUUAAGACUCUCUUUGAUGAAGAGAUUCAAUCUGUAAAUAAAAAUGUAACUGAGUUGAAGGAUGUAGACACAAUCGGUAUGAAAGUAGUCAAACAUACUUUGCUAGGUUUAACACUUACAGAUACCCAAAGACAACAAUUAUCAAAAUUCAUACCAAAGGAUUUACAGACCGAUCAUAAUGAAACUAUCGAUUUUUAUCAGAUAUAUAAUAAUUUGAAAACAGAAAAAGAGAAAGAUGAUUUUGAAAAUAUGCUAAAUGAAUUUAAUCAGGAUAGACAAAGAGCUUUAGAAUUACGUGCUACUGAUGCUGCAAAGGAAAGAUGGAAACAUGAUUUUGAGGAAGCCAAAGCUAGAGGUGAUAUCUCUAUCCAAAAAUCCUUAAAUGCAAAGUUGUGGGAAUGGUAUACUGAUAUGUUGCCAUUGGUAAAGGAGGAGAUUAUUAAACAUAAAGAUAAGCUUGGAAAUAAAAACACAGAUUUUGCUCCCUAUUUGAAGCUGGUGAACCCAGAAAAAAUGUGUGUUAUUACUAUUUUGGAACUUUUGAAACUGAAUUCCACAGGUGGGAUCAUGGAAGGUAUGAGAACCGCUCGUGCUGUUAUUAGUGUUGGUAAAGCUGUUGAAAUGGAAUUCAGAUCUGAACAACUAUUAAAGACCGAGUCCCGUAUUUUCAAAGAAGUUAAUAAAAAAUCGGUAGAAUUCAGAAAAUAUAUACGUAAUGCGAAAAAUGCAUUUAGAUCAAUGAAAAUUGAAAAAUCUAAAGUUGUGUGGCCACAAGCAGUGAGAGCUAAGAUUGGCUCAAUUCUAAUAUCGAAAUUGAUUAGAGUGGCAAGAGUAAGGGUAGAAGGUACAGAUCCAGUAACAAAAGAGACUGUUGUUGGUAAAGCUCCUGCAUUUUCACAUAGCUAUCAAUACCAUAAUGGUGCCAAAUUAGGAAUUAUCAAAAUUCACAAAUCAUUAAUUAAUCAACUUAAUGGUGAAAGAUUAGCUGCGUCAGUACAACCACAGUUGUUACCGAUGUUAGUGAAACCUCGUGCUUGGAGAAAUUGGAAAUCAGGGGGCUAUUUUUAUAGUCAGUCAAUGUUAAUAAGAACUAAGGAUUGCCCAGAGCAACUUGCCUAUUUAGAAGCUGCAUCGAAUUCACAUGCCAUUGAUAAAGUUUACGAUGGGCUAAAUGUUCUAGGUGAUACCGCAUGGACUGUUAACAGAAAGGUAUUUGAUGUUGUAUCUGAAGUUUGGAACAGGGGAGAAGAAUUUUUGGAUAUUCCAAAAAUUCAAGAUCAUUUAAACUUACCUCCAAGACCUCCAAGUUCUGCAGAUCCAGGUGAAAUUAACGCGUGGAAACAAAAAACAAGGGCACUUGUUAAUGAGUAUUCUGCAAAUAGAUCUAUGAGAUGUGAUUCUAAUUACAAAUUAGAAAUUGCUAGAGCAUUUUUGGGUGAAAAAUUCUACUUCCCCCAUAAUCUUGAUUUCAGAGGACGUGCGUAUCCAUUAUCACCGCAUUUUAAUCAUUUAGGUAAUGAUAUGAGUCGUGGUCUUCUUGUAUUUUGGAAAGGAAAGAAAUUAGGUAAAGAUGGUUUGAAGUGGUUAAAAAUUCAUUUGUCAAAUCUUUUCGGUGUUGAUAAAGUUCCAUUAAAAGACAGGGUAGCGUUCACUGAUGCACAUUUGGAUAAGAUAAAAGAUUCUGCAGAGAAUCCGUUAAAUGGUGAGGGUUGGUGGAAAACGGCUGAUAAACCAUGGCAAGCACUUGCAACCUGCUUUGAAAUUAAUGAGGCCUUAAAGUUAGAAAAACCAGAAGAAUAUUAUUCACAUCAACCUGUACAUCAAGAUGGUACAUGCAAUGGCUUGCAACAUUAUGCAGCUCUAGGUGGUGAUAUUGAAGGUGCACAACAAGUCAACUUACUUCCAGGACCAAAACCAAACGAUGUUUAUUUGCAUGUUGCCAAUAUGGUUAGAAAAAGAUUGGAGAAAAUUUUAGAGACCAAAGAUGAUCCAAUUGCCAAGUUCUUUGUUGAUAAGUUAAAUAGAAAGAUUGUUAAACAAACUGUUAUGACUCAUGUGUAUGGUGUUACAAUGGUUGGUGCCACAUUUCAAAUAGACAAACAAAUUGGUUCGUACUUUGAAGAUAAGAAGGAAUCAUUACAUUAUUCGCAAUAUUUAGCAAAACACGUCUUUGCUGCUAUUAAAGAAUCUUUCCAUGGAGCACAUCUAAUUCAAGAUUGGUUAGGUGAAUGUUGCAAAAGAAUAUCUAAGUCAGUUAGAUUAGAUAUUGAUCAUAAUACUUUUCAAAAUGGGAAUAAACCUGAGUUUAUGACCUCUGUUAUUUGGACGACUCCAUUGGGCCUUCCAAUUGUUCAACCAUAUCGUGAGAUUCAGAAGAGACAAGUCCAAACCAAUCUUCAAACGGUCUAUAUUAGUGACCCCUUUGCUGUGAAUCAAAUUAAUGCUAGAAGACAAAAGGCUGGUUUCCCACCUAAUUUUAUUCAUUCCUUAGACGCCUCACAUAUGCUAUUAUCUGCAAGUAAGUGCGCAGAAGAUGGUCUUGAUUUUGCCUCAGUUCAUGAUUCAUAUUGGACACACGCGUGUGAUGUUCAAGUAAUGAAUAAGAAUCUAAGGGAUCAGUUUGUAAAAUUACAUGAAAUAGAUUUGAUUGAAAGAUUAAAGGAAGAAUUUGAUGAAAGAUACAAGAAUUACGUUCAAUUGGUAAAAGUUCCGAGGAACACACCAAUUGUGAAAGAUAUAUUGAAGAUAAGAGGAGAACUUAGUAAAAAAUUAGGAAGACCAGCAACAUUGGCUGAUGAAAUAUAUGAAGAAAGAACAAGACAAAAAUUAUUAAGUUCCAAUAAUCCAGUUAAAGUGGAAGAAGGCAAAUCUAUGAGAACUACUGUCUCAGUAACAAUGGGCAAUGAAGAAGAACUGGAAAAAUUAGACUGUUUGUCUGCAAAAAGUGGUAGUGGUAUAAAUAUUUUUGUUCCAUUAAGGCUUCCAUCUAUCCCACCUAAGGAUAAUUUUGAUGUUCGCGAUGUCAAAAAUAGCACUUACUUCUUUUCAUAA